AUUUUUAUUUUUGCAGAUCUUUAUUGGUAGUUUUAUAUUGAAAUUAAUUCGUAAUCGUGAAUCAAACAUUCAUGAAUAUACUGUCGAAAGUUUAUUAGAAAAUGAUGAUGAAGAUGAAGAUGAACCAUUAAUUGAAUAAAAUAAAUACGAACCAAAACCAAAAAAAAAAAGAAACUGUAUCUAUUUUUUUCUUGUCUCAUUUAUUUAUCUCGAUUCAAUCGAUUGUACUGUCACUGAUCAAUGUAUAUAUAUAUAUUUGUAUGUGUAUAUUUAUCUCAUUUUAUUUUAUUUUAUUUUUUCGAACAUUAAAAUACUAACCAAGAAAAUAUGAUCUUUUCAAUUUUAGGAUUAUUAGAUUAAUCAAAAGAUUUUUUCAGUUUUAUGAUUAACAUGCGGUCUUAUUGUAUUAUAUAAAUUUUUUUCUAGAUUAGUUACUAUUCUAGAAAAUAUAAAGAAUGGACUUUUUCGAAAUGAGUCUUUCGAGUUUGAAUAAGUAAAGAAAUUGAAUUUUUAUCAGUUCUAAUGAAUAAAGUCAAAUCGUAAUUCAUUAAUCACUUUUGAGUCUAGACUAUAUGUAUUAUAAUACCAUAGUAUCCAUAAGAAUAAUUGGCUUUCAAAAUGAGAAUAGUUAAUUGUAAAAGUUUAAGGUUUUUUUUUGGGUUUGCUCGUGUCUUAAAAUAAGAACAUCACAAUCUGUCAGUUUGUAUGAGCAAUGUAAAAAGCACACUUAUACUAUAAGAUUUGCAAAUCAGUAUUUCUGAGAAUUAAUUUUUGAUAUUUAAAGAAUACUAUCAAAAUGAAGUAUCUUCACAGGAAUAAUCUAAGACCUCCAACUUUUUUUUGCGCAUUCAUAGUUGAUUAAGAUCUACAUGAUACACAUAGUUUCAACUCAAGAGUUAUUAAACCAUUGAAGGAUUGCUCUCGAAAGUCAGGAUCGUUCGUUUGUAUAUAGGAUUUUGCAUUGAUUCAAUGAUUGUUCGAUUAGAAUGAUAGAUUCACAAGCUAUCUUCCGACAAUAUUUUCACUUAAAAAAAACCUAUACUUUAUGUUUAUUUUUUAAAGUUCAAAAUUAUUGAGAAAUAGUUUAUAUAAACACCUGCAUGAAAUGACCUGACAUUCUCAUAAUAAGUUAGUUUUUAUGACAUAAUAUAUUUUUAGAAACUCUAGUGAAGAUUCAUGGUCUAUAGUGAUCACAUUUUUUUUUGAUUAGAUAAAAAGAAACGAGUCUUACGAAAGUUACUUAGUGAUCUGUUGUUUUAUUUAUAUACAUCAGAUAAAAUUAUUAUUCAUGGAUUUAUGUAUAUGUGUUUGUUGUUUUGAAAUUUUUUUUUUCAGAUGUCGAAUGAUUUUACACCUUUAAAAUUAGAUGAAAGUCAAUUAUUUGAAUUAGUUCGUCUAUCAAAUAUAACAAUUGACGAACGUAUGUUUAAAAUAAUUCUUGAAUUACUCAAAUUAAAUAUCAAACCAGAAGCCAUCAUUGAAGUAUUAAAAGUCUUAGCAAAACAACGAUUAGCAUCAACAUCAUCUUAA